GGCCGCGGGCACGCCCUGUGCGCGGCCCUCCGCAUGGCCUUCGUGGCCCUCUACGUGCUGCUGCUCAGCGGAGAGACCUUCGACGCCUUCGUGUGCGACCAGGUGUCUGCCUGCAUUCCUGUACUUAGACUGGCCAGAACCCGUAAGAAGGUUUUGUUUUACUGUCACUUUCCCGAUCAGCUGCUGACCAAGAGAGAAUCUUUCCUGAAGCGCCUCUACAGAUUGCCGCUCGACUGGCUGGAAGAGUACACGACUGGCAUGGCAGAUUGCAUCGUUGUGAACAGCAAGUUCACUGCCAGCGUGUUCAAAGACACCUUUAAGUCCCUAUCUCACAUAAACCCAGAUGUCCUAUACCCAUCGCUCAACAUCAGCAGCUUUGAAGAAAUUGUUCCUGCAGACAUAGCCGACCUGAUACCGAAAAAGAAAAAGUUCUCGUUUCUUUCCAUUAAUAGGUAUGAGAGAAAAAAGAAUCUAGCAUUGGCUCUGGAAGCUUUGCAUGAACUUCGGGGGAGACUUGGUUCUCAUGAGUGGGAUGAAGUUCACCUGGUGAUGGCAGGUGGUUAUGAUAAGCGAGUUCUGGAAAACGUGGAGCACUAUGAAGAGUUGAGGAGACUCGCAGACAAGCUUGGUGUUAAUGACCAUGUGACUUUUCUGAGAUCAUUCUCAGAUGAACAGAAGAUCUCUCUUUUUAGUAACUCUGUAUGUGUGCUUUAUACACCAAGCAAUGAACAUUUCGGCAUUGUCCCUUUGGAGGCAAUGUAUAUGAGAUGUCCAGUUAUAGCAGUUAAUUCAGGUGGUCCUUUAGAAUCAAUCGCACAUAAUGUUACAGGAUUUUUGUGUGAUCCUCUGCCAACCCAAUUUGCUGAUGCCAUGGAAAAAAUUGUGAGAGAUCCUCUCUUAAAAGACACAAUGGGAGCAGCUGGGAGAGUGAGAGUUACGGAAAAAUUUUCUUCAGAAGCUUUCUCAGAACAGCUGUACCAAUACAUACGCAGAUUAACAGAAUAAAAUUAUAUUCCUGUGUUAUAUUUUA